AAUAACACAUGUCAGUUAGCUGCUUGGAUUUUGUUUGCUCGUGGAUGUUUUGUUUAAUGUUGUUGUCACACAGAAAUACUCUGUUAUCAGACUAUUUAGCAUCUGUUCUUCAAGAAUACCAAGGUGUCGAUUACCGUAGGAAGACAUAUUUGAAAGAUGCCGAAAUUGAAACUGAAACUGAAAGAACUGGAGAGCUAUCUACAGGAUGUGGAGGUGUUCGCAUUGCCAAAAGUUGAGUUGGAACAGUACCCUACCACACCUCACAUAGCAGCAUGCAUGCUGCAUACGAUACAUGAGACUUUUGAUGAUAUUGAGCACCGAUUGGUUGCUGAUUUAGGCUGUGGAUGCGGAGUGUUGAGUAUCGGAGCGGUCAUGCUGAAUUGUGGAUACUGCUUGGCCGUGGACAUAGACCAUGGAGCCCUCGACAUCUGUUCGGCAAACUUGGCCGAGUUUGAAAUGACACAAGUCGACCUUGUACAAGCAGACAUCAAAUCCUUGAGUUCCCAGAUAGAAGAUGGACGCCUCCAUAAAUGUGUGAACACUGUGAUAAUGAACCCACCAUUCGGGACAAAGAACAAUGCAGGCCUUGAUCUGAAAUUCUUGCGGGCAGGAAUCAACAUGGCGACAGAUGCGGUAUACUCCUUACAUAAGACAUCAACAAGGGCACACAUUUUCAAGAAGGCCAAGGAGUGGGAUGUACAAAUGGAAGUGCUAGCAGAGCUAAGAUUUAACCUGUCAAACACGUACAAGUUUCACAAGAAAUCUUCAGUUGAUAUUGAGGUGGACUUCAUACGGUUUUCAUUUCAAUCGGACAAAUCGUUGACAACAAAGACACAGAUGUGUGAUAUCUGACAGGUCAAAUAAAGCUGUCUUCAUGGAUAAAUUGCGCGUUC